AUGGAGGGAAGUUCUUCUUCUUCUUCUUCUUCUUCUCAAUUCUCAAAGUCUUUUUCUGAUGUGGAUGAUUCACUACUCUUGGUUGAUGAUUUCUACUUUUCAGCCCUCUUUGAUUCUGAAGAAUUAUUCCCAAUCAAUGAUGAAAAAUAUGCAGAGGAACUACACUUACAAGAAGCUCUGUAUUCUUCUGUUAUAAGCCUCAAGAGAAAACUCAAAGAGGUUCAUUCUGAAUCUUCUACUCAUCAAUCUCAUCACCAUCAUCAUCAUAGUUAUCUUCAUGAUCAUCAAGUAUUCUUGUGUGCUAUUUGCAUGGAUUCAAAACCAUCCCAAGAGAUUUUCAUCAACCAAAACUGCAACCACUCAUUCUGUGAUGAAUGCAUUGCAAAAUAUGUAGCUGCAAAGAUUCAAGAGAAUGUAUCAAAUGUGAAGUGUCCUGAACCAAAAUGCAGAGGAAUAUUGGAGCCUCAGAAUUGCAUGUCAAUAAUUCCAAAGGAAGUGUUUGAAAGAUGGGAGAAUGCACUUUGUGAGAAUCUGGUUCUUGCAACAUCAAAGAAAUUCUAUUGCCCUUUCAAGGAUUGUUCAGCAAUGUUGGUGAAUGAUGAUGGGAAUGAAGUUGUGACUUGUUCUGAGUGUCCACAUUGUCAUAGAUUGUUCUGUGCACAGUGUAAAGUUUCAUGGCAUGCUGGAAUGGAAUGUGGUGAGUUUAUGAGUUUGAAUGAAAAUGAAAGAGAGAAGGAAGAUCUUAUGGUGAUCAAUCUUGCAAAGGCUAAGAGAUGGAGAAGGUGUUCUAAAUGCAGAAUUUAUGUUGAAAAGAAUGAGGGAUGUUCACACAUUUCUUGCAGGUUUGGUUAA